AUGUUGGAAAGUAUGGGCUUUCAGAUGGUCAUGGUUGGUGAUAGAAAAUCCACCUGUCCACUCGAGUCCCAAGCCAAUUCUCACGAUAUACAUGUAGUGGCCUUAGAAGAAGGAAUAGUACGCCAGCAGCCUUUCGUGAAUGUACCUGUUCAACAAACAACUUUCGGGCUUCCACUUGAAGAAUUCUCACCACUCUUCUCUGAUCAAGAUGAUGUGCCGAUGGUGGACUUGGGUAACUUGGAUGAUAUACUUAACCAGGAUCCAGAACUGUAUCAAGAAGACACCGGAAUCUUGUAUCUCCAGGCUCAACUAAGCGACGUCACAGAGGAGAACAAAACACUGAAGACCAAGCUGCACGAAAUAGAGGAGAAUAAAGAACUUCAAAAACAACUCAAGCGCAUAGAGACAUCACUAGAUUAUGAACGAAAAGAGAGGAACCAACUUUACAGAAAAAUCAGCAAACUCCAGCCUGCCCCUUCAGAUCAACAACUUUAUAGAUUCCAAAACGCCAACAUCUAUAGCCACUUCUCAACAUCCAUUUGCAACCUAGAAAGCGGAAGCUUCGGUAGCGUAGAAGCCAAAAUAGAUGCUGCAGGAAUGGAAAUUGCCGUGAAAACCAUGACAGAUAGCUACAUGCUAUGCCUACACCUACUAAGGCUGGAUUUGGUUCUGGUUAGUGGUACUGGUAAUACGACUGAGAGUGAUCAGCCUGGCAUUGUGUCAGAAGAUAUUGAUGAUACACCUGAUCUGACAUCUCAAGAUGAUGUACAUGAUACACCAGUAGACCAUGAGUUAUAG